AAGAAGAAGGAAAUCGAUGGGAAAGUGGAAGAGGUAAUUGUUCCUUUGUCUGAGAAAGGGGGUCAGAAAGAGGGUUUGGUGUUGGAGAAAGGAGAUCAUUCAGGAAAGGAUAAGGAGGUGGAUUUGGGAAGUGCUCAGUUUUUUGUUCCUGAGAAUCUGUCUGCAGUGCAGGAGAAGGGCCAAAGAAAGGAUGAUGUUCAGCAUAUUGUUCCAGAAUCCAAGGAACAAAAUGUUAAUGUUGUGGAAAUUUCUAAGGAGCAGGAGGUUAAUUUUUCGACUCUUCCUAUUUAG